GAAAACCGCAAACUGAGAUCAUGGACAAAUGAAUAUAAUACGAUAUAUACCGAUACCGUCACAGACUGGGACGUUAUUAUUAUUAUUAACCAAAUAUUCAUAAAAAAUGCAAAAAUAGUGAGAAAAUACAUAUUCGUAUUUGAAAACUAUUAUAUUUACCAAAAGUCUUAGCUGAGUAAAGAAAAAUGGACAGAAGGGAGAGACUAGAAAAAGUCGAGCUUCAAGCCGACGUUUACAUGACUUGCAUUCAGCACGCUUUUUCUACGGAAAAUUACGAAGUCAUGGGAAUGCUGAUUGGAACUUGUCAAGACAGUGUCGCGAAAAUAUCAUCAUUAAUGAUAAUGCGACGAUCCGACAAGAAAAAGGACAGAGUAGAAAUAUCAUCCGAGCAGCUUUUCCACGCAGCAACGAAAACAGAAAGGAUGGCUAAAGAAUCCGGUCUACCACUUCGAGUUCUGGGAUGGUAUCAUUCCCAUCCACAUAUUACAGUUUGUCCGUCACAUGUGGAUGUUAGAACUCAGGCAAUGUACCAACAAAUGGACCCUACGUUCGUUGGACUGAUUUUUUCAGUAUUCUCCGAGGAAAAGGACACAAAGAUACAAGAAGUCCAGUUAACCUGUUUUCAAUCAUUCAACCAGGAAGCAAGGGAAAUUCCCUUGGAGAUUGUAUACACUCCAAAAAUUUCGAAAAGUUGCCUUCAAGCUAUGACUGAUUUGCCAAAAAUUCUUGUUCAAGAGGAGGAAGAAUUGGCAAAUGUUUGCCGAAAUCAUCAUGAUAUGCUUGCAUCGAUUCACAAUAAUGCGGUCUUGACUCGAUCAUUGGCUCAUAUUACUGACAUCGUAACAAGGCCGUUGAUGAACAAUCUCGCGGAUAGAAUAGCGUUGAACAAACUGCGAGCUGCUUAUCUGAAAAGAACUUUGCAAGAACUCUCAGAGGACGAGAAACGCACUUUCUCUAAAUUCUGAGAUCCACAACGUACCUCAGAUGUUCAAGACACUCUUCAUCUAAUGGCAUUUUCAUAGCUUUAAAAGUUUUUAUGUUCCGUAUGAUAAGUAUUAAAAUGUUGAUGCUAUAAUUGAAAAUUUUAUUGUGAUUGCAAACAAAUAUUACGUUAUUUCGAGAAUAAAGAAUAAUUUUCUUUUGUAGAAAA